AAACUCAAUAAUAACUUUCCUCUCAUUCUUCACAGCUGCGCUGUUGCUCUCAUUCUUUACUCACUCUUUCAUCGCUCGUUACUCGACCAUAUCUUCUGAACUGUAAUCAUUUUUCUUAUAAAAGCCAACCACACCUUCAGUCAAACAAGCAAAGCGAGCUCCCAUCCAACCAACCAACAACAUGUACUUCUCCAAGAUCGCCGUUCUCUUCGCUCUUGUCGCCACCGGCCUCUCUGCACCGGUCGAUGCGGUCGACAAGCGUCAGGCCAACCUCCUGUCCGUCCAGAGCUACUCUCAGUUCCAGGUCUCUGACGGCGUUGGCGGCAACGCCCUCGGGGAGGUCGCCCAGAAAUUCCCCGUCGCUCAACUCAAGGCCAACCUCAAGGGAGUGAGCAAAAACGACUUGGCCAUUCUCCAGGCCGCCCGUGUCGCCGCCGAGGGCGCCGAAACGGACGCCGGCGGCUUCAACGACGCCAUCGCCAAGGCUUCUGGAGCCGAUGCCGCCGCGCUCAACGUCGGCAAGAUCAAGAACAAGGUCCUCAAGCUUCAACUCGAAGUCCUGGCGCUCCAGGUCCAGCAGGCCCAGGGUGCGAACAACCAGGCCAAGAUCGACGCGGAGCAGAAGAAGCUCGACAACAACGUGAAGCUCGACAAGGCCGCCGCUGGCAAGCCGAGUAAGAGUGUUGCCUUCAAUGCUACCUCCCAGCCCUAGAGCAACAAGGUGUAACGGUCCACCAGUC